GGUCUUGCGAGGCUGUCCUGUGUCGGUCAUAUCUGGGGUGUGUAUGGCGUCCCCUUUCCUGAGGAAUUCCUGUCUCCAUACCACGUGUCAGUAGAUAGCUGUGAUCCCUGAGCACCAGAUACUUGUUGAAUGAAGCUUUUUGAUGCAGGGAACCCAACUGGUUUUAGAAGAAGUCAGAUUUGGUUAUGGCUUUACCUGGUACUGCAGUAUUCACCUCACCGCAGCACCUUCUGCGCCUUUGGAGGCUGACUCCUUGAAGGUGGCAGACUCCUGGGUCUUCUCAUCCCAUGCCUCUCCCUAAAUAAAAGGAGGAGGAAAGAUAUCACUUGAAGUAUCUCUGAUAAAGUUUGAGAAGUGCUAGCAGUCUUGAUACAAGGAAAUGGCUUCAGUCUGAAAACAAGUUGGUUCCUUAUUUGCUGGUUGUGGAGGGGGAGAAACUAAUGUAAAUGCAGAUGACCAUGCAGAAUGCAAUUCAGGUGUGGUUUGGAGAUGACCUUCCCUUAAGUCCCCGAUGUCCUCUGACUCCCAGACAUGGGCCAGGUUUGGCAGAUGUGUGCCUGUAUGACCAGUGGAUAUCUGUGCGGCACGAAGCAACUUUGGUGCCUAUGCAAGAAGAUCUGUCCAUCUGGCUGUCUGGCUUGCUGGGAAUAGAAGUCAAAGCAGAACAGCUGCUUGAAGAACUUGAUAAUGGGGUUCUACUCUGCCAAUUGGUUGGUGUUCUUCAAAACACAAUUAAAAAAUGUUGUAGUUCAAAUAGCUUACGGAAUUUUCCUAUGAGAAAAGUUCCAUGUAAGAAGGAUGCUCCAUCAGGAUCUUUUUUUGCCAGAGAUAACACGGCCAACUUUCUUAACUGGUGUAGGGCCAUUGGAGUUGAUGAGACUUAUCUCUUUGAAUCUGAAGGUUUAGUUUUGCACAAGGAUCCAAGACAAGUGUAUCUUUGUUUGUUGGAAAUUGGACGCAUUGUAUCCAGGUAUGGAGUUGAACCUCCUGUACUAGUAAAACUAGAGAAGGAAAUUGAGCUAGAAGAAACACUGCUGAUGACCUCUGGACCACCAUCGCCUAUUAGUACAGAAAAGUCAUGUUGUCACCACGGGGAGCUACAUGAGGCAGUUAAACAUAUAGCAGAAGAUCCUCCCUGCAGUUGUUCCCAUCGUUUUUCAAUUGAAUACUUAUCGGAGGGACGUUAUAGAUUGGGAGAUAAAAUACUCUUCAUACGAAUGCUACAUGGCAAACAUGUGAUGGUACGUGUUGGUGGAGGCUGGGACACUCUUCAAGGUUUUCUGCUUAAAUAUGACCCGUGCCGAGUGCUUCAAUUUGCAACUCUGGAACAAAAAAUCCUGGCGUUUCAGAAAGGGGUCACAGGUGACAAUGUCCCCAACUCAUCAGCUAGAAUUCAGGAGCCUCCUGUCAUGAAUCCAAUGUCAGCCGUCAAUAUGUUCCAAAAGCAGUCAUCGAAACCCUCUACUCCUGUUUCAGCUCUUGGGGUCAGUGCCAAGAAGGCUUUAUCUAAACGUCCUCAGUCCCCUGCCCUGGCAUCACCAAAAGUGCCAGUGCCCCCAUCCUCCACAGCCAAGCCAUUGACAGUCAGGUCCAAAUUACAAGCGUCCUCAGGGACAGGUGUGCGGUCUCCUUUCAGACCAUUAGCUGGCACCUCAAAGAAACUGGAGUCUCCUGCACACAACUCAGCAGCUUCUGCUCCUUCGCAGCCUGUAAGCAAAAGCUCUUCAUCUGCAGGAACGAGGAUGGGUCUUGUUCACGCUGAAACAUUGCGCAAACGUAUUCGGUCCCCUGAUGCUCCCAAGGUGAAGUUUUCCCUGGCUCAGAGCUCCUCAGCAGCAGCAGCACCACAUCCUGCCCUCUCGUCCUCUAAAGAACAGCCAUCUCGCUCGUCUGGGACAGCUGAAACCACGGCUUCAAAGCAGAAGCGUGUUGCCACUAAAUGCAAACCCGUCUCUGCCACUAAAACCAAAGCAAAUUCAGUUGCUCCGAGGGCUGCCCGGCCGCCUGUUACAAAUCUGCGUGCUGUUGCCAAGUUUGCACAUUCUCAGCAGCUCCUUGCAAAAGCUCCUUCUGAAAAUGCUAUCCAGACCUUAGGAACUGGGUCUCAGCAUCCUCAGAAAGCUCCACAGACAGCUUCUGACCUGGCAAGGAACCUGAAAGCGGCUUCAGUCCUGAAACACUCGGCUUCUGCACCUUCCCUUGCAGUUAGCAAAGCAUCAAGGUCACCACCUACUCUGGUAUCUACAAGCAAAAACGUAUCUUCAGCUGUCAAUAAGCAGCCAAAUGUCAGUAAACCCCCUCAGACUGGACCCACUUCAUCCAAACCUCUCGAACGCACUCCCUUAUCUGUUGUACGGCUUCCUCAAACUUCAGCCAAAGCAGCAGUGACCAAAAAGCCAGCGCAGCCUUCCACAAGAAGUCAGCCUUCAACCAAAACCUUGCAAGCAAAUGAAAGCUUGGCCCCAGCAGCCAAGAAGCCUCUCCCUAAGGGAAAAUCAGCAACAGCGUGUAACAAAGGAACGCCUGGUGUGUCAAAAGGUCCUCUGAUGAAGGGCAGGCAAGAUGAUCACUAUUUUGUUAUGACAGGGAGUAAAAAACCCAGAAAGUAAAUUAACUUGUUACUUUCUGUGGAAGUUUUAAUUUCAUUCAAAUGGGCCUCUAGUAUCUGCUACACUGAGGACAAAGGAAGUCAAAUAACACUACAUUUACCAUGAAAUAUUAGGUAUAACCUACAUUUUCCUGCAUAACUUCCAGGAAGAACUGUAUUUAUUUUGCAGUUUAGAAAUUUCCAUGGGGCUAUAUUUAGAAGAGAGCUUGCUUGCUGUGUAGCACCGUGGAACAGAGAGUUUUCCUGUUUGCUGCUAGCCUGACCUGCUGCAGGGAAGGCAGAGAGAGGGAAGGGGAGCUGGGGCUGCUGCUUUUGCUGCUGCUCGUUUCCAAGGGAGUGAAGCCUGCCUGAGAAACAUCUACCCAGGGCAGAGCCUGAGCGAUUCUGGUGGUUCUGGCACAUCUGCAUCGAGGCCCGUGGCAAGCGAUAGAGCUGUGCACAAGCUGUAAAAGUUCUGAUGCCUCAAACAAAGCUAUGUUGGUGGUUUGUUUUUUUCAGUUCACCAGUGUCUCAGAACACAAAUUUGGGUCUCCUGCAUGUAUUAACAAGAAAGAAGUCUCUUUGACAGCUCUGACAGCUGCCGUUAUCAGUGUUCACUGUGCCCUUCAUAUGCCUUAAAGUGGCUUCAGCUCACUUGGAAGUGGAGCCUUCCUGAUUUGUGUUAAGUUGGACAUUGGAAGAUCAUGGCCUUGAUCACUCUCACUUGUGCCUUAGCCUCUCAAAUUCAUGACAGAUCUCUUCAGUGAGCAAUGCUGCUUUUAAAACCCUGGACAGAUAAUCUUGUUUAGCUUGUGUUCAAAUCUGACUAUAAGUGAACCCAAUCUUUCCUAGAAAGCUCUUGCUGCAUGGAGAGAAGCUCUUGAAUUGCUGGUGUGGCACUUUCCCCUGGGAUGGAGCCCCAGAGUGGCUCCUGCUCCUGGGAUGCAGAGCUGCAAGUACUGACCUGCACAGUGGUCUGCUCUGCAGGAGUGGCCUUUACAGGUAAAACUGAAUUGCUAAAUACUACAGGUUGAUUUUUGUGGGCAGUCUUAGUCUGCAGUGGCCUUUUUUUCAUUUUGUUUAUGGAGACCUUCCUACUGGCUCUCCUGCUAUUACUUUCUGGAGGUGUGGAAUAGUUUCCCCGAGGGGUAAUGAGGGACUAUAUUUGCCUUUAAACAUCUGGAAGUGCCAGAAAGCUAUGCACUGUUUACACUCUUAACUCCUGAAGGCUUUCAGUGGGUUAAACACCUGUGGUGCUCAAGACCUUUACCCUUAACAGGAGUGAUUUCAUGGUAGAUGAAUAAAAACUACUGUCUUUGGGGGUGGAUUUGUUUGAGUUAUUUUGGUUCUAAUGAACAGUCAUUCCUACAAACACCAAGGAACUCUGUGAAGAGACAGUGCUGACUUCCACAGACCAUCGCUUCUGCUCUCCACUCCUGGAAUAUUUACUUAUGGGCAGGAGAAGAGAUGCAUGGAAACUGCAGCUUCCGAUUUGUGUAUUUAAUUUAUUAUUUUUUUUCCCCUGGAACUAGAGUAAGCAAGCAUCAUAAACUAAUGAUGAGUUCUCA